GGAGGGGUAGAAGACUUUAUCUUAUCGGAUCUGGCAUGUCAUCAUUUGACAUUUUUCUAAAAUAUCGUGUUUGCGAGACUUUGAUUUUUAUUAAUCAUCUAAAAAGCCUAGGUAGUGCUAUUCAGAGCCUACCUACCUAUAAGGUAUCCCUACUGUCGAAUAGAACAGAUUCUAAACAUGGCCAACUUUAGGCCCGCAUUGAUAGUAGUAGAUCUCCAAGAGGACUUCUGUCCUCCGAACGGUUCUCUUGCAGUGACCAAUGGUCGCGAUAUCGCGCCACUGGUCAAUAAACUUCUAGCCUCCCCUUUCGUGAUCAGGAUCGCGACUAAGGACUGGCACCCGCACGAUCACGUUUCGUUUGCGGCAAAUCACCAAGGCAAAGUCCCGUUUGAGGACUUGAUCACGAUCGUGAACCCAUACAACGAGGCCGAGACGUAUGAGUCGCGACUAUGGCCGGUUCACUGCGUGCAAGGCAGCCCGGGAGCAGAGUUGAUUCCCGAGCUACUCACCAGUCAGAUUGACAUGGUUCUCGAGAAGGGAGCUGACCCGCGCAUCGAGGUGUACAGCCCGUUUUAUGAUCCCUUUAAGUCUCCGCGAGUUUACGACAGUGGCAUCGUGAAGAUCCUGAGGGAGAAGCAGGUCACUGAUGUGUACGUGGUGGGGCUAGCAGCAGACUAUUGCGUCAAGAACGCGGCGGUCGAUGCGGCGAAAGAAGGCUUCAAGACCUACUUGGUGGAAGAAUGCACGAGAGCCGUUGAUCCUUCUGCGUGGUCGGAAUGCAAGAAAGAAAUUGAAAUAUCCGGGGCUAAAGUUGUUAGCAUGGACGGCCCUGAAGUAAGCCGACUGAUGACGGCGCAGUAACAGGGUGAAGCUGAAGGGCUUCUAUCUUGGUUAUCCAGCGGUGUCCGGUCGUCCGGUCGUACGGGCGUUAGACAACGAGGCCGGUGGC